AUGGUCAUGCUAAUAACCAAGAGAGUAGAUGUUAGUAGUCUAUGCCCGAUUUGUGAAUCACAUGAUGAAACCAUUCUCCAUGCUCUUGUCACAUGUUCUGUGGCAGCGACUUGCUGGGCAAAGGCUGGUGUGAACACAACUAUCGCGACUGGUAUGGAUUUCUUAGACUGGUGUGCUACCACUUUCGAUUCUGCUUCUAAUGAAACCCAAUGCUUGGUUGCUGUUCUUUGUUGGGCCAUUUGGAAAGCUCAGAACGAUAAGGUGUGGAAUAACAAGCUGCCUAAUGUUUAUUCGACUAUUGCUUUUGCUAUUACUUACCUUGGCCAAUGGAAGACCACUCAAACUCCUUUUGAGUCAUCUCAGCUGGCUGCUGGUUAUGGAGCCGAGCGGUGGAGCUCCCCUGUUUCAAAUGGUGUCAAGGUUAAUGUUGAUGUUGUAGUUUUUGAAGGGUCACAAGGCUAUGGCUUUGGUGUUGUUGCUAGGAAUGAAUUCGAUUAUCUAAUUGAGGGUGUUGCACGCUCUUAUUUGGGGGUGGUUAGACCUGAGUUAGCGGAGGCGAUUGGGGUUCGUGAGGCAAGUUGGAUCAAAGCCAAUGGCUGGUACUAG